AUGAAGCACAUUCUUUGCCUGGCACGUGAGAAUUUCAAUGAAGUAGUAGAGAAAACAGACUUUCAUGACACCAAGGGACUUAUUUCCAUUCUAAGAGAUAUGAUCGACCAUGCACCUUUUGCUUCAAGCAUUAUGUCGCGGUUUAUCGUUGAGUGCAUCAAUAGGAAUCCAAGCUUGGAAAGUAGAAUCAGAGAUGUGUUGAAAGAAAGUACAGCAGACAGGGAUGCUGCAUUUAGUAGAUGCAUCUAUGCUACAUAUCUGGGAGCCAAGACCAAUAUUCCAGAUAUAGAGCCUGUUAGUUCCAUCUUCUCAUCAUUAGCUCUCGAGUCUCAUGAAAUUAAUAAUUUUGAAAAUCGGCUUGAAAAUUUUUACUGCCAUUCAAUUAUUAGGGAGCUGCGAUGCAAUGACAGAGAGUGUCUACUAAGACUUAGUGAGCUUCCACACGAGUGUGUUAUUGACUAUGCUGUAAAAGACCAGAAUAUGUUUAACACAUCGCUAAUUAUUCAGAUGUGCAGAUUCUAUGGAUUUCUUGAGUCUUUGGAAAAGAGGCUGCCGGAGUUUAAAAUGAAGAAUGAAAUAAUUGCAUCAAUUUUUAUGAACUAUUUUAGUGAUAGCAACAUCUACAGCAGCCGUGGCAAGGAGCCAUCCGAUGCUCUUGAUAAUGAAGCUGGUAUUUUGAGGAAGCUGAUGACCGGGAAUACUCUUGAUUACUGUCUAAAGGUCUGCAACAAGUAUUACUUGGGUCUCCUCCUAGGAAGAAAAUUCCAAGACUUCCAGCUGCCUCAGAUAUCCCAUUCACAGUUUUGUAAGAUGAAAUUUAGCAAUGUUAAAGAAUUUUUAGAUGCCUUUCUUAAACUUACUUCACCUUCAGUUUCGCAUUUCUUUAGUUACUUGGAAUAUUACAAGGAUAAGUUCAGACUAAAGGAGGAUGAUAAGAAACUAUUCGUAGAGUUACUCAGAGAGUUCCACAAGGACAACCCAGUCUAUCUUGAAAUAGUGCUUAGAAAACUAUCCAAGUUCCAUGUCAUCUAG